AGUCAUAGUCGUCUGCUCGUGGGUUCUGCGACAGGUUAAUUCAAACGCUGAAUCGAUUUGUCAGGGUCAAGCAAUAGUGAGUUGCGUGGUUGCAUCAGUCUUAUCACUCACCAGUCUCCACAUGGUAUAUUUGUUGGUUAUGUUGUUGUUGGUGUUAGGUGACGUUUGAAUUACAUCAGGCGGAUAUCAGACUUCGAACUUAUCAGAAAAAUAAGAUAAAGUCUAUAAAUAAUUGUUGUUAACGUGCUACGGUAAAUUGACCAUUUACUUUAAACAAUUGGUAUGAGUUGGUUCAGUGAAAUUUUGUUAUAUUUUUGAUAGCCUAAAUUAUAACAUAGUCGACUUUCAGAAAAAUAAAAUGAUUCGAUAGGGUUUACUUUUGCAUGAAAAGAAUGAUUAUGGCUUCUGCUCACAAAGAAGAAAACAUCGUUACAAGUAGCAGUAGUAGUUAUAAGGCAUUAAUUGAUGGAGCAAUUGAUUUCACCAGCGGCACCCUUGGUGCUGUGGCACUGGUUUAUGUGGGCCAGCCCCUGGACACGGUAAAGGUGAAGAUGCAGACAUUCCCACACAUGUACAGAGGGAUGUGGGACUGUAUGCGGCAGACUGUCCGGUAUGAGGGAUUGCUACGUGGACUGUACGCAGGGACUGUACCUGCCCUUGUGGCCAACUGUGCAGAGAAUUCUGUAUUAUUUGCUGCGUACGGAGCUUGCCAGAAAGCAGUAGCUUAUGUCACCAACACUCCUAGGGUGGAGGAUCUCGGAGCCCUGGGGAACGCCACAGCCGGCUGCCUGGGAUCAUUCUUCUCUUCGUUCACCCUCUGUCCCACGGAAUUAAUCAAAGUGCAGCUGCAGGCUGCCAGAGAGUUUGCUAUCGCCAACAACCAAAAGGUGAGGAUUGGAGCAUUCAAAUUGACAAGACAUAUCAUACAGACUGAAGGUGUGUCAGGGAUGUUCAGAGGACUGGGCUCCACCAUAGCGCGGGAGAUGCCAGGAUAUUUUGUGUUCUUUGGUGGCUAUGAGGCCACUCGGUCGAUGCUCACUCCACCGGGGAAGACCAAAGAAGAAUGUGGCACAGUGCCAACCAUGAUAGCAGGAGCAGUUGGAGGAUUUGCACUCUGGACUGUCAUCUUCCCUGCAGAUCUUGUCAAGUCGAGGAUACAGGUCAACUGUCUUGACGGAACCUUCCUCUCUGUCACUCUGGAUAUUAUCAAGAAAGAAGGAGUAAAGGCUCUGUACAGUGGACUAAGGCCUACUCUCAUCCGAACCAUUCCAGCAACAGCUGUACUCUUCCUGGUCUAUGAAAAUUCAAAGCAUUUCCUUAACAGCUUAGUGUAUUGAACAUACACAUUUUACACAUUUAUCUUCUAAUUUUAUUUUAUUUAUUUAAGUAUGAAACGUUUUUCAUAUAUGUACAAAAUUCCAAUAAAGACAAAUUUUUGAAGUUUAAUUUAUAUUUAAUAAAUGAUAAGACUUAGGUUGUUACUCUAUUCAUAGCACAUCUUAUUAAUACUAACUAAUGCUUCCAUAAGUUGUGAUAAUAAUAACUAAUGCCUUGAAAGAUACCAGUUUUAACUUUUAAACCAAAUACGUAAUAUUGCUUAGUUCCUAUGAUUUCACUAAUUAUUGUAAUUUGACUCAUUACUGUUGUUAAUUACCAGUGCUCACAGAUUAUAGUCAAUGCACUGCUUGUUUGCCAGUGUAGUAUAUUCAUUUUGGGACCAGAGUUUAUACAAUGUUCAUUAGUUUUAUCUGGCAUGUAAUUAGUCACUAUUAUUAAGAUUUAUGACAGUAGGGAUUUUCCAAUAAAAAUAAUUAUUGGUAAUUUUCAGUAUUUUUUUUACUGUUAUAUCAAAUUUGAAAAGUCAGGCAUGGCUGCUGGGGUAUUAAAAUGGGUGACAAGAUGAGGAGAUCAAGUUUAGUGCCUUGGUUUUAAAAAGGCGAAGAGAUAAUAAUUACAUUAAGAAAUAACUUUUGAAUGAAUUUGCAUUAAUUUCUUGCCUGUUUUUUAUACAUUCCCAUUUCAACCUUCACCAAAACUAGUUCAGCUGAUAAUAAAUUUUUUUGGAGAAAUUCUCUAGUCUAAUUUAAAGAAAACUACUUUGUGUACUAAUACAAUGUAAAUUGGCUCUUUGGCUCCUAGACUAUUAGAUUAAUUGGUUCACAAGUACGUGUAAUUUUUAAUAAAUAGUAUUGAUGUUACAGAAUGCCAUUUAAAAAAAUAGUAGGAAUGUUCUUGAACAUAAUAUUUAAUAUUUAUAUAAGCCAGGUUUAUGUAUUUUGAAAUUGAUAAUUCACUAUAGUAAUUAAAUUGAAAUACAUGAAACAUAAUACCCUUGAAACAUAUUUUUUUAUUUACUGACACGUCUUUCGAUAUUGAUGCAAUGAUAGUUAACCUCAAGUAAUUAGAAACAAGAAUCAAGAUUAAUUUAUAUAUAAAUAAAUUAAAUAUAUAAAAAAUAUAAAUAAAUAAAUUAUAUAUAUAUAUAUAUAUAUAAAACAUUAGAUUUUUAAAGCUUUAUUACCAGAAAAGAAAGCUGUUUGCUUUUCCAUUAACUUAAGUAUAAAUUGUAAGAGAGCACUACAGGACGGGAAGUGUCUCAAAUGUUUCUUCUAGUACUAUUGUUUGUACUUGGCGGAAGGAAGCAGCAGUCUAUUGCUCGUAACCUUUGUCAUCUGUGCACACUUUCCCUCGUAAAAACUGUUGGUUGAUUCUUACCUUUAGCGAUCAAGAAGCUUGUUUCCUGCUUAAACAGUUGUCAGUAGAAACUUGUGUGAAAUAAUCUCCACAUUCAGAAUUUCUGGUUAUAGUUGCCAUGUUCGAAGAGAUUGGUUUUAUACAAGACAAAUAUUUUUUAUUUUGGAUAUUGUUGUAUUCAUUUGCUCUUACUAUUAUAAACGUACAACAUACUGACAUUCCAGAAUGUCUAUAGUCUACCCAUCAGUCAUGGUGUUACCUUGCCAUGUCUGUUUUGAGAAUGAUUUUGAUAAUGUUAUACUACUUUGAUAACCGAUAUUCAGGGAUACUGUAUUUUUAUGGUACAGUUGUGUAAUACAAUAUGUUUAAUAUGGUUUAAAUAGAUUAUUUUUCAUUCUACAACAGUUACUAAUAAUUAGUGUAAAUAAAUAAUUAUUUAUAGUGGUUUACAACCCCUUUAACCCCAACAUCCUUGUUAUAAGUUGUAAAAAUGGUGUCAACUCCAGACGUCCGUAUAGUGCGGAGGUACACUUUUUAUUAUUUUACUGGCAACCUAUUUUACCAAGUGCUUUAAAAUUCCACAGACUUGUUUACAAAGAUAUAUUGUAUCAAAAUAUAUUAGUUCGUAAAGCUAACUUUGUAUUUUGUCAGUCUAUGAUUGAGAGAUUGCAAUUCAUCUCACCUGACUGCUCACUGUAUUUCACUACUUUGUGAAUAUUCAACCCUGCUUCAUGUUUUUGGGUUAAAACGGUUUAAAAUCAGCAAUUAAAUUUUAGUUUGUUUGCUAUUUGAUUUGAAAAUGAGUAAAAGGUAUCGUUGAAAGCCUCCCAUAAUCUAAAAUACACCAGUUAGUAAGUGGCAUGGAUGUGGGCAAUGACAACGAUUUGAGCGACAUCACUUGAUAUAAUAGCCGGGGUUAGAAGGGUUAAUAAUAAAAAUGGAUCAAACAAUAUAUUUUGAAAUGCAGAUUAUUUACAAGUAAAUGGUAUCUAUCAUAUUGUAAUGUAAGUUUUAUUCAUUGUUAAUAAUAAUUGUGCAGCUUAUAACUGAAUAAGUAUAUGUUUUGUACUUAAUAAGUAGCCACUCAGUAAGUUCCAUGAUGCAAUAAGCAGUAUUUAUGUUUAUUGACUUUAAAAUGGUGUGGAGUGAUGAGGAGUAAUUGUUUCUCCCAAAUUUGGAGUGUAGAUUGAAGGAAGAAGAUACCAGGAGCGUAUAUUACUGUCUUUAUCAUAUCUAUUUCUUUUUAGUAUUUGUCAGAAGUAAGAAUUUUUAAGCUACAAUUUCAAGCUAUAUGUAAUAACAUUCCCUGAAACUUUUUGUCAAGUUACUCUUAGCUGAGUGUUUUCACAUAAGGGCUGUUCAGAUAGUAAAUUCCGUUCAGCUGUAUAUAAAGCAUUAAAAGGUACUCUGCUAUAUUUCUAUAUAUUUGCCUCCUCCAUAAAGACACAUCAUUUUGAGAAACAAGGUAUUGAGUGCUCAUGUUGUAGAAUUCUGUUUGUGAAAUAACCCAUGCUUUGAAUAUAAUUCGUCAUCAUCUUCAGAUUUGUGUGAUCCUAGACAUUCAUUUUAGGAAAUGGUUGAAACUCAUUCAGUCUUCCUGAAACAGAGGACAUCAUUCUUUUACAGCACUGUUGUUCCUAAUGCCUUCUCCAGAUGCUGAAAAAGUCCAUGAUGAAUGUUUACAGCUCUUUGUUUAACAGAUUACAGUACACAAUUCACUGUUAGUAGACUUUCAUUACAAGCGACAAUUUUGAUUAACACUGCAAAAUAGUUAACUACAUUACCACAGCACAACUAGACAUAAUUAUUUGCACUACACAGCUAUGUAGAAGUCACUCUGCUUCUCCCAUUCCUCUAAAAACCAGAUAUUGGACCUUACUUUCCAAAUAGCUCUCAUAAAAAGUCUUUUGUGUCAUGGUACCCAUUGUCACUAGCUGAAUAGAAACAGCAAUGGUAUAAAGUUCUUUGUUGCUUUAAGAUUGUAAAAUGUUUGUUGGGUAGGUCUCCUGAAUCUUAUAUCAGCUCUCAUUCUCUCCCCUUAUCCUCCCUCACUCCUCAUCAUCUCACAAUAAAUUGAAGGCAGCAAUACACGAACAAACUAGUCUACCCUCUAUUUAAAAAAGUCCAUUUAUUAUGUACAGUUUAAUAAUAUACAUAAUUUAAAUUCAAUAGUUUAAUAUAAAACUUUAUUGUUAAUGUUAUUUGUACUUAAUUCAUUGUAAGUUAUUUUGAGGUAUAAAUAGGCUUAUUGCUGUUAAAUGUUAUGUGCAUUCAGUUGUUAAGUAGAAUAUUUGUAAAACAUCAACAGCAGGAUGUUAUUUCCAAAACUACAUACCAUUGCUUAGACUAUUGUCUAUGCUUUCUAUUUUUGCACUGCCUUUUGUGUGAUUGUUCUUAAAUUUUAUUUUUUGUUAUAUCUUGUUAUGGUCUUUAACUCUGUUUCACUUUUAGUGCUAAUUAACUCUAAAGAGCUGGUUUUACUGACUACCAACUUUAUUGUAGCCCCACAAAACCAAUGUUAAAGCUUAUGCAGUUUUAUGACCGUAUUUUUAGUUUUAGAAUUAUGAGAGUUCCAUUUUAGAGAUAUAAUUAGUUCACAUAAAAAUGUAUUUUAGUUUUUGCACUAUUUUUAUAGGCUAUUCAGGAAAAAUGUAAAAGAUUUUUGUUUAUCACUGUUUAAACAUUAAAAAAGUAUAUUAUGUGUUACAAAAAACAACAACAAAGAAUUGAAGUGAAUAUUAAUUAUAUCUUUAAACUGAGACAUCUCCUGUAAUGCUGCAAUAAAAAACAAGGGCUUAAAUGUGUAUGGUAUAACAUUGUUCUUAUGGGAGAAACCUUGAGGUCAUUUCACUGCAGCCAGCUUUUAAACCCAUAAUAUUCUCUCUAUGCCAUAGUCAACUAGGAUUCUAGCAUCUGCUUUGUAUUCCAUGAGGCAAUAGCCAAUUUGCAUUGUUUGGGCACACAACCGGGUGUUUUGUAAGAUUGAUUGAGGGAGGGAUUGGGGGAGAUUCCUCAAUCAGCAAUGCUAAAUUUUUUAGGGUGUUAAAAUGAAUAAGUAUCAACAGAGUUAAAACCUAUUGAUAAAUUUUUCAUAUUUCAUAUUUUGUUAGCUUUACACAUUUUAAAUCAACUAUCAGGAAAAUAGUUAAAUCAUUGUCAGCCAAUCUUAUAAGACCAAGUAUUUGGCUAAAAGGUGUUACUUUAAUCAUUUUAUCUCGUUGGUUGGUUGUAAUAUAACUAAUAGUUGAUUUUUAGUAUGUCAGCUAAAAAAUAUGAUCUGAGAAAAAAUUACUUUUUGAUAUUUUUAACCAUUUAGAUACUCUCACUUCCAGCUUCCAACAAGACGAGUGUGGGUGAUACAAUCAAUUUAUUUCUUAAGAGAAAUUCCUCUAUUGAUUUAAUGAAAAAUUAGGUUGUGUUUAUACAAUAAAAAUUGGUUUUUGGCUCCUAAACUGCCGAGGUCUACCUAGCCUAGUUCUUGGUUGUGUAAAGAUUAAUUUAAAUUAUUAAAUUAGUUAAAGCAAUUGUUAUGAAAUAUAUAUGUCACGUUUAUAUGUUUUUAAUCAUUUUAUAAUGGAACAUACAAAUUUGUUAUGUACAUAUGUUGUUUUUUUACUAAACAAACAUAGUCAUUAUUAUAAACUGUGAAAUAUCUAUUUAUAUAUAUACUGUCCAAAUUGUACUGUGUGGUACAAUGCUUGUUGUUUUGACCAAUAUAUGCUUUAUGUUUUGCGGAGAAGUUGGUAAACAAUGAUUAAUAAAUAUUUAUUUUAUUGGACUGAAUAGUUGACAAUCACAUUUAAUAUUUUGUAAAAAUUAACUAUAUAGAUAAUUAAUAUAAUCUUGAUGCAUAUAUAUACAAGGGCUAUUCAGAAGUAAGGAACGUUUUGGAAUUAUAAAAGAACCAAGUACAAGAAAAAAAAUUUAUUAUAUACAUGUGAAAGAGAGCCUAAAAUACUACUUUUCUACAUAAUCACUUAUACAAAUACAGGCACUCAUAAUAGCGGUGAAUGAGCUUUACAAUUCGUAUGUCAUAGAAUUCUGCUGCCGUUUGAGAUCUCGGCCACUCAGUGAGUGACGCUUACCUCCUCAUUAUUGUCAAAACACUGUGUUGUUAGCAAGGUCUUCAUUUAGCUCUCCUAAGAUUUUGUAGUGUUUGGAAGUACCGAGAGUUUAUUGAUGCACCACGCUCUAGAAAAUCAACCUCGGUGUUUGUGAAACGGUGAUAUUCUCGAACAUUUGGCGAACUUUGGCGAUCAGUUCGUCAGUCGCAAUGCUCGGACUUCCACUCUUUUCUUGAUCAUAUAAACAUUUGUUCUGACAUUUUUAAACGGAAUGCACCACUUCCUGACAGAAAUUAUUGUAGUCAUUAUGUUGUUCCUGUACACUUCACACAGUUCCCAAUAAAUUUCUAUCGGUUUUAUUUUUUUUGCCAACCAAAAUCGAAUCACAGACCCCACUUCACAAUUGGCAGGAUUUUUGAUUGCAGCACUCAUUCCAAAUUUGAUUAUAACAAAAAUGGGCAGCAAGGGGUUGUUCCCGUUGUCACCGCUGGACUCUGAAUGAGGAGCAGAGUAUGAGCACACCAAUAUAUAAAUGAUUGGCGACCUGGCAGCGUCAGAUGAAAACAUUCCAUUUCUGAAUAGCCCUUGUAAUUCUAUAGAAAUAUGUUUUCAUUGUUGUUUCUAGAUUUUAGAUUAUGUUUACUAAAGUAAUUCUAAUUUUGAAAGUAUUUCAUUCAUAAAAAAAAAUGGUUUAGCUGUUAACAAAUGGAAAUGUAUGCAAAACAAAUCUAAUUGAAAUAUAAACAUAAUUUUGGGAUGUUUAUUGUUAGACACAGUUCUCAAAGUGGUUCUGUACCUAUAAAUAUUGAAAAUCAUGUAAUUAUGAUAAUUUAUAUUCUUUAUUUAUUGCUUAGUUUAAUGAGAUUAACUCAAUUAGGUAUUAAAAUUUCUAAUCCCCUGGAUGAUCUGAACUAUAAAAUGUUUUGCUCUAAGGGGCCUAAUUUAAGUUACUUACUUAUCCGUAAUACCAGUGAUGUUUCACUGUAUAUUAUUGUGCCAAAUAAAGUAAUAAGUAGAACUUA